UUCAGGACGUGUGUGUCGGAGAGCAGAGAGCCAUGCAGGUCUGAAGUGUGUGAGGGUCUCUCAGCUGAAGCUGCCUCCCUCCCUGGAAGAUGGUCCUGCUGCUCGGUCUGCUUUUAAUCCUCUGUGGAGCCCCGAGUCUGUGUCUGGAGGAAGACACAUCCUUUCUCUUGGAUGGGGACAUCCGUCACUUGGCCGUGGACAGUAACACGGUUUACAUCGCCACUGAAGAGAAACUGUACCAGCUGAACCACGACCUGACCCCGGUCCACAGUCUGACCCUGAGAGGAGUCCUGAAUCCGGACACGGAGGACUUCUACAGAGUUCCUGCUGCCGCUGACUGGAACGCAACUUUCAGGGUCAAUGUUUUAUUACCGUUUGAGAAGAAUCAGUCUGUGAUCAGCUGCGGUGUGAUCGAUGGAGCGUCGUGUGGAUACUGUGAGAUUCUGGACCUGAACAACAUCUCCAACAUUCUGCACAAGGAAAACUUCCAGGUGGGACCAGCCAAACGCAGCAGCGCGUCCGUCGCUUUUCUGGUGACCCUGAAGAAAAACCAGCCUCGCAGUGACUCUUAUAUUCUGACUGCGAUACAACAGGACGGGUCUGGAGAGGAGAAAUGUCCCUCUGAUUCAGGAACUGUAAACCUUCACAACACUGAGGACACUUCCACCGGGGGGAUAUUUUCUACAAAUGAGGCAUCUGGCGUACCCACCAUCAAAAGUAAAGGGAACUUGGAGUUCGUGGAUGGAUUCCAGAUCAACUCGACCAUAUAUCUGCUCGCCAAUGAGCCACCAGGUGCUAAAAACAACCACAUCCAUCUGUUUUGGCUCAAAGACAAAUUACAUGAAGAGAAGACUCUGAAGUCUCUGAUGGGAGCUGUCAUCUUCUCUGGUAGUGAUGGCAGCAGACUGCUGGCCUCCUCGGUCGUCCCGGGUGGUCCGCAGAGGCUGUGGAGCGGCGUGUUCAGUGUGGAUGGAAGACAAACCAACAGCCAGCUGCUGCUGUUUGACUUCAAUCUUCAAAGAUCGCUUAGAACUCUGCGUCAGAAUACAGUUCUCCUCAGGCAGAGCUCCAUGACCUCUGUUCUGGCAGUGAGGCAGAACAGCUGGAUGGUUUUCUUCAUCGGGACUGGAGACGGGCAGCUCAUCAAGCUUGCUGUGGACAGGAAGUAUCACACCACCUGUCCCAGAGUGCUCUACAUGUCCAACCAGGACCGCCGAGUGUUUCCCAGAAUGCACCUGGAUCCAGUGGAUCAUAAACAUGUGUAUGUGCCAUUUCAAAAUGAGGUGAAGCGUGUGGCUGUAGCAAAGUGCAGCACACACACAAAUGUCCAGGAGUGGUGGACUGCUCAGGAUCCAUACUGUGUGUGGUGUGUCUCCAAAGGAAGCUGCACCUUUGAAGAUGACUGUGAGGACUCCCACUGGCUGUCCAUUCCUGAUGUCUUCCAGCAGAAACUGAUUUCCCACAAAGUUGUUGAAGACGGGACUGGACAGCUCACUCUGAACAUCCAGACUCAUGUGAGUGUGAGCAAAGAGGCCCGGUUCGCCUUUCCCACAAUGCACCUGCAUCCUUUCUGA